AUGAUGAGAUUUUGGUUGCUACUGCUAGCCGCCAUGAUGGCUACCGCUACCGCCCAAUCCCAGGAAGAGUUGUUUCUGGAGCAACAACAGCAGCAAUGCCCCGUCACUGUGGGCAACACGGAUGAGCUCUGUGCCUCGUUACUACACCGUGUUCCAUUGGGCACUCCGGAGGACUGCGAUUGCUACACGUUUUGUAACGACGAACUGAUCCAAUGUGGAGCCUUUGGAGAACACCGGCCCUUUCAAUGCGUGGGAAGAAUCGUGGCCGGAUGUCGCCAAGCCCAAGCCAAUUUCAACACCGAGGAGCUUCCCACGGCUCAAGAUACCGUCGUCGAGAAAAAGAAGGAAUGUGCCGUGACGGUCAAUGCCGAUAACGCCGUCUGUGGCAGCUUUUUGGACAAGACGCAGGAUACCACGUGUGACUGUUACAAUUACUGCAACGGCAAACUGAUUGGGUGUCUCAACUUUGGAGAACGAAACACCUUUAGUUGCAGUGGGGAAACAGUAGCAGGUUGUCUCGACUCACAGCGACAAUUUGGAGCCUUGGCAUCCGGUGGUGUCACUACAACUAGGCAGCUGUCAGGCAUGAUCGUGGCACUCCUAAUGGGUACAGCAGUGCUGGCAUUGUGA